AUGCGUUCCCUCUUCCUGAUCAGUUUCCUCUUUGGCUUGGCUUGGUCCUUGCCGGAACCUCAGCUUUCGCCCACAUCCCCGGCACCUGGCAACGAAACCUCCGAUGAGGCCGAGGUACCUGCCUUCUCGCCCUUCAGUCUGGGCGAUGGCAAGUACGCCAUUGGCACCUUUGCCAAGGUGAACUGGUACCAGGCCCAGAUCACCUGUGCCGCCUAUGGGUACACGCUGGUGAGCAUCACCUCGGAGACUGAUCAGCGCAUCCUGCGCAAUUUCCUCUACACCUACGCCCGGAACCAGCAGGACCUUCUAGACGAUCCGCUCUGGACCUCCGGCACCGACCUGGCCAGCAACAACAACUGGGUGUGGUUCAGCAAGGGACGCGCCCUCAACUAUCGCAACUUCCAGAACGGAUACCCCAACAAUUACAGCCAGUGCCUGAGCAUCAACGGAAUCACAGGUCUCUGGGUGAACGAGGAGUGCAGCCAACAGCGCUACUUCGUUUGCGAGAAGCUUUGUCAACCUAUAUAAAUGGACAAAAUAUGUCCAAAACCCGAUUGGCGUUGGUAAUAAAAAUAUCAGCAAAAUAUGAGCAUUAAAAACUACAAA